GUGUGUGUGUGUGUGUGUGAUUUAUUACAGUUUUUGCCCGUUGCUUGAACACUAUAGACCCAUGCUUAGACUAAAGUAACACAACUUGAAGCUUUUGUUACCAUACCUCAAACACAUGUACCCAUACCUUAAACAAAAGCGCUGCUUUGCACUUUAGUUGCAAUUCUGCAACACACUUACUCCUUUAUGCAACACACUUGGUGCUGCAUACUACACUCUAUUUCAUACAUAAGACACUUUGUUCAAAAAUGAAAUCUCAGGGUGCCAUUUGGAAAACACAUGUAUCCAAAAUACAAAACACAUCGGGUAAUUGCAACCACUCAAAUACACACCUGAAGGCACUUACUUGCAAAACUGAACACCAAUCAGCCAGCUACAAAAAGCCCUCAGUUUAGCCAUUUCAAGAACUUUGCAAGCAUGGAUGGAGGAAAAGCAAGAGGCAGAGGUAGAGCAAGAGGAAGAGGAGGAGGAGGAGGAAGAGGAGGAGGAGGAGGAGGUCAAAGAGGCCAUGCACGGACCCCUAUUUCUGAUGAUAUAAGAGCAACUUUGGUGGACCAUGUCAUCAACCAUGGCCUGACUAUGAGGGAAGCUGGGCAGAGAGUCCUCCCACAUCUAAGCCGCUUCACAGGGGCAUCUGUAAUAAGAACAUUCCGACUAGAAUACAGAAUGACUAGAAGACCUUCUGGGGGAGGACGCCAACGCCUGUUCACACAACAGCAGGAACUUGCCGUUGUGGACCUAGUGAGGGCAGACAAUGCCAUCCGUCUCCACCAGCUACGACAGAAAAUACUUGCAGACAGGCAAGUGUUCAACAACAUAAACCAUGUGCGCAUCACCACCAUCAGACGCAUCUUGGGAAAACACAACAUCACCAUGAAGCAGCUCUACAGGGUCCCAUUUGAGAGGAACAGUGUCCGGGUCAAAGGACUUCGAGCUGAAUAUGUACGGAGAAUCUUGGCUAUGGAUGGAGCUGCACAGCCUCAUGAAUUCAUUUUCAUUGAUGAAGCUGGAUUCGACCUGAGCAAAACAAGACGACGGGGUCGUAAUGUAAUUGGCCACAGGACAAUUGUGCACGUCCCGGGGCAGCGCAGGGGUAAUAUCACAUUAUGUGCUGCCAUAAGCCUUCGAGGGCUUCUGCAUCAUCAUGAAAAACUAGGUCCAUACAAUAGCCAACAUAUACUCACAUUUCUAGAUGCUCUCUAUAAUAUAGUUGUGCAGAACAGACCAGAUCAGCCCAGGUUUGUGGUGGUAUGGGAUAAUGUCAGUUUCCAUCGGGCUGCUCUGGUCCAGGCCUGGUUCAUCAACCACAAUCAAUUUGAAGUGGUAUACUUGCCCCCUUACUCACCAUUUUUAAACCCUAUAGAGGAAUUCUUUUCGGCUUGGAGAUGGCGUGUAUAUGACCGCCAACCACAUGCCCGCAUGCCUCUUCUGCAGGCAAUGGAACAGGCCUGCGGCGACAUUCAGGUGACAGCAAUCCAUGGAUGGUUUCGGCAUGCAAGGGGAUGUUUUCUCCCCGGGAGAAGACAUUGCUUGCGAUGUCGAUGAGGUCCUGUGGCCAGACCCCAACAGACGGCGGGAUCCAUGAGCCCACGUAUGCACAAUUGCCAUGAUUUUCUGUGUUUACAGUAUAGUGU